GUUUCGACCGAAUCGGUGAAGGUAGGAACGCCUAUAUAAGUCGGUGCGUUUAAGUUUUACUCGUUCUUUUUAGUCUAUCCUGAAAGAGAGAGCAUUACUUUCGAGUUAGACAGUAAUACGAGAUAUAUAGACUAUCAUGAGAAGAAUAAUUUGCGAAUACCUAUCCUUGGCGUGCGUUCUCGUCGUUCUCAUUCAUGGCGGGGAAGCUCAUCAUCACCUCAAACCUAAAAUUAAGAUAGAGCGAGUGACAGACGCUUAUGGCCUUUCCGAGGGUCCUCACUGGGAUUCUGACGCUCAAAAGUUGUACUUUGUUGACAUAUAUAAUCAGUACGUACGUAGACUGGAUCCUGCGACAGGUGUUGUAACCAGCACUUACAUAGACCACGGUCCUGUUAGUGUUGUGGUACCUGUGCAUGAUAGUCCUAAUAAACUCGUAGUUGGUAGUGGAAAAGAUGUUAUUUUAGUCAACUGGAAUUCAGAUGCAAAUCAGAAAGUGACACCAUACAAUGUUCUGAGUAAUCUUACAUCUGGCGACGUAAGAACUAAUGAUGGAAAAGCGGAUUCAGCUGGAAGAUUAUGGAUUGGUACUAUGGCGAAUGAAAUUAAUGGACAGAUAGCUCUUGAUAAGGGAUCAUUAUAUCGCCUUGAUGAUACGCUUAAACCUAAAACAGAAAUAACCCCUGUUUCAAUAAGUAAUGGAUUAGCGUGGAAUAUCGAAGACAAUACUUUCUAUUACAUUGAUUCAAGUACACGUGAGAUUGCAGCAUACGAUUUUGAUCCGAAUAGUGGGACAAUAUCUAAUAAAAGGAUUGUACUUAAUUUGAAUCAUACUAAGUUAGAAGGAGUACCUGAUGGAAUGACCAUAGAUACAGAUGGCAAUCUUUGGGUAGCAUUGUUUGGAGGACAUGGUCUCAUCAAAGUGGAUCCACACAAACACAAAGUGCUGGAAAAAAUUGAGCUUCCUGCUAGAGAUGUAUCUAGUGUUGCCUUUGGUGGUCCGCUUCUCGAUAUUUUAUAUGUAACUACAUCAGGUCAUGGUUUAACUGCAGAAGAGCGAAAGAAGACUCCCUAUGCUGGUUCCGUGUUUGCAAUUCAUAACUUGGGAGUUCAUGGGAUUCUUGCAAAUACCUUUUUGUUUAACAAAGUAGACGAAUCAUUAGAUGAGGAAAAGAUAAUUGAAGAAAAAGAUAUGUGAAGACAUCUUGCUUCUCAUGAAAAUUUAUAUGAUUGCAUGUAUUUUUAAAUUCUCAAUACGUUAAAUAAAAUUGUGUUGCAAUAUAAUAA